CGUUACUGCCCGGGUGGAUUAGACCCGCUCCCUUCGCAAUACAGCGGAGGAGAGGCGAUAACUCUCUCCGUUACUUUGUCGGAGCGAUACAUCUCCCCAUCCCUCUUGGUGUUUCUACAAAGGUGGCUCGUCUUCGGAGUGAAAGAAAUGUGGAGGCUGGUUAGGCGCCCUUUAAGCGCCCUCGCGGGGACGCCCGCGCCUUCAGGUUUUGGUGGAAUCAGAAUUCUCACUGCUGGUUACAGGAAAUAUGAUCCGCUUCCAGAUUAUACAGGAAUAAUCAUUCCUGAGAAACCCAAAUUGAAAGUGGUUGAGAGAGGACCAAACUUGAUCAGGGUUAGGCGAGAACCCAGGAAUUUACGUGACAUCAGAGGUCCUUCUACAGAAGCCACUGAAUUUACUGAAGGAAAAUUUGGUAUUGUGGCAAUGGAUGGUGGCUAUCUCCGCUGGAUUCACUUUGAAAUGAUGCGUCUGAGUAUUAAUCGCCACAUGAAUCCCAAAACAAUGUUUGCUGUGUGGAGAGUCCCUGCUCCUUACAAACCCAUUACUCGCAAAGGACUAGGACAUCGUAUGGGCGGUGGCAAAGGUGCAAUUGAUCACUAUGUGACAGCAGUGAAAUCGGGUCGCCUCAUAGUGGAAAUUGGUGGGCACUGUGAGUAUGUUGAGGUGAAACACUUCCUAACUCAAGUGUCCAAGAAAUUGCCUUUCAAAGCCCAUGCAGUCAGCAAGGAAACCCUUCAAGAGAUGCGGGACAGAGAAGAGGAGAGGCAGCGUAAUAAUCAGAAUCCAUGGACAUUUGAGCGCAUUAUUACUUCCAAUAUGCUGGGAAUACGGAAAUAUCUGAGCCCCUAUGACUUAAUGUACAAGGGUCGCUACUUGGGAAAGUUCUACCUGCCUGACAGGGUGUGAAUGGAGACUUUAGGAACCUGAUCUGCUGCAGCAAUUCUUUGAAAACUUUGUCUUUCUCAGCAAAGAUAUUUCCGGGUGAAGAAACAAGUGGCUAUAAAUCUGGAAGUCCAGUAAGUAUGGAGGAUGAUGAAGUGGUGAUGAUGAUGUAGAACUUGGGAUAAAUAAACUCAUCAUGGAAGCUUG